AUGUUAACUCACUGCUAUAUGACAAAUGGGUAUUUGGAUACUGAGAUAGAUUGGAUACCAGGCAUGAGAGGUAUCCGAUUGAGGGACAUCCCAAGUUUCAUCAGAACCACAGACCCAAAUGACUUCAUGCUGGAUUAUCUAUUAGUAGAGAUAGCACGAGCUAAAAGAGCUUCUGCCAUCAUUUUGAACACGUUUGAUGCAUUAGAUCAUGAAGUUUUAGAUGGACUUUCGACUUUGCUACCACCUGUUUAUUCCGUUGGACCCCUACAUCUACAACUUAAUCAGAUCCCAGCAGAUGACAAAUUGAAGUCCAUUGGAUCAAACCUAUGGACAGAAGAACCAGAGUGUCUUGAAUGGCUUGACUCUAAAGAACCUAACUCUGUGGUUUAUGUCAACUUUGGAAGCAUCACAGUCAUGACAGCUGAGCAGCUGAUUGAGUUUGCUUGGGGACUUGCAAACAGCAACCAGACCUUCUUUUGGGUGAUCAGGCCUGACCUUGUUGGUGGGGAAGCAGCUGUGGUUCCACCAAAGUUUAUGGAAGAGACCAAAAAAAGGGGUCUAUUGGCAAGUUGGUGCCCUCAAGAACAAGUUCUGAGCCACCCAGCCGUAGGAGGGUUCUUGACACACAGUGGUUGGAACUCUACCCUUGAGAGUUUGUGUGGUGGAGUGCCCAUGAUCUGUUGGCCCUUCUUUGCAGAGCAACAUGCCAAUUGUAGGUUCUGUUGUAAAGAGUGGGGCAUAGGUAUGGAGAUAGAAGGUGAUGUUGAAAGAAAUUACGUAGAGGGCCUUGUGAGAAAGUUAAUGGAGGGAGAGGAGGGCAAAGAGAUGAGGAAGAAAGCCUUGGAAUGGAAGAAGUUGGCAAAGGAGGCCACCACUGGUCCAAAUGGGUUAUCUUUUGUGGGUUUGGACAAAGUGGUUAACCAGGUGCUUCUAUCUCCGAGGAAUUAGAAAUUUAGAAUUGAUUCAAAAUCUAUCUAGUUGUUGCUUUGUAUUUGUCCAACAAGUAUACCUAUUGAGCUUAAUAAUACUUCUAUCACAAAACCAUUUUUCAGGUCUACAUAAGAUCGGUCCAAUGUAAAAUGAAGUCUACGGCAAAUGUAAUUGACAUCGGUUACCACAUUGAUGCACGAUAUGAAAGUUUCAUGGCCACGUUGUUGAUCGGGAAAUGAUUGAUGGGUCAUGUGUGAUAACAAAAGCCCUCUGUUACUAUACCUAAAAUACCUAAAGAGCUUGACAACCAUGUUAUUCUAACUCACUUACACUAGCCCGCCUAAAUUCCUGCAUUGAACUUCAUAAAUGUGCAUUCCUGGGUUAAUAUACCAGAGAUCAGAGUAACAAGGUCAUUUGGUUACCAGAGAGGGAGAGAA